GUCUGACUGAAAGGGGAGGGGGCUUGCGAACGGUGGAGAGAUUUUGGGGUCUCUCACUGCGCCAUUCGGCUGCGGCAAGCAUCAGUCUGGUGCAGCUGCAUCUGGGAGACGCCUCUCAUCUCUACUGUCAUCCAGGCCUCCGCUGCCACUUGCACCUCUGCGGGAUCGCUGCAACCAUCCUCGCCCAGCCCUGCCGCUUCUGCUGCCUUCACCGCUGCCAGCUCCACAACCCGGGCGUCAGCCGCCGCCACCGCAGCAUCCGUGAGUGUCUUUCUGCCCUUCUCUGGGCGCGCGGUCUCUGCGGUAGUCACCACUUUAAGAGGUUUGCAGGCUUGCAAAAUGGCAGAAGCUGAUAUUAAUAUGGUCUCGGAACCUGCGGCCCCGGGGGUUGCUGAAGAGGUGAUGGCUAGUUCAUCUAGUGAUUCUGGGGAAGAAUCUGACAGCAGUAGCUCUAGCAGCAGCAGCAGCAGCAGUUGCAGCAGCAGCCGCAGCCGCUUAUAUAGAAAGAAGCGGGCACCUGAGCCUUCCGGCAGGGCGCGGCGUGCCCCAUCGGGCAGAAAUUUUGUGGAUCGACUGCCUCAGGCAGUUAGAAAUCGCGUGCAGGCGCUCAGAAAUAUUCAAGAUGAAUGCAACAAGGUAGACACCCUGUUCUUAAAGGCAAUUCAUGAUCUUGAAAGAAAAUAUGCUGAACUCAACAAGCCUCUCUAUGACCGGCGAUUUAAAAUCAUCAAUGCAGAAUAUGAACCUACAGAAGAAGAAUAUGAAUGGAAUUCAGAGGAUGAGGUGUUCAGCAGUGACGAGGAGGUGCAGGAAGACAGCCCGAGUGAAAUGCCUGCCUUGGAGGGUGAGGAAGAAGACAACCCUAAAGAAAAACCUCCAGUAAAAGUUGAAGAAAAUGAGGUUCUUAAAGAAAUCCCUGAGGCAAAGGCUGAAGAACAAUCAGAGUCUAAAGAUUUUCUGGAAGCAAAGCCUGAUGUAGCAGAAGAACCUAAACAAGUCCCCCAAGCAAAGGCAGAAGAUAAAGAACAGCCUAAAUCAGAGGAGACUGAGCCAAGGGCUGCAGUUAAAAAGGCUCCUAAAAGAGCACCAGAGGUCAGGCCUAAAGAAAGAAUGAAUCUUAAAAGAGCUCAUAAGGGAAAGCCUAAAAGAGAAGAUCCUAAAGGCAUUCCUAAUUAUUGGCUGAUUGUUUUAAAGAAUGUGGACAAGCUUGGUCCCAUGAUUCAGAAGUAUGAUGAGCCCAUCCUGAGGUUCUUGUCAGAUGUUAGCCUGAAGUUUUCAAAACCUGGCCAGCCAAUAAGUUACAUGUUUGAAUUCCAUUUUCUGCCCAAUCCGUAUUUCAGAAAUGAGGUGCUGACAAAGACUUACAUGAUAAAGUCAAAACCAGAUCACAAUGAUCCCUUCUUUUCUUGGGGAUGGGAAAUUGAAGAUUGCAAAGGCUGUAAGAUAGAUUGGAGAAGAGGAAAGAAUGUUACUGUGAAAACCACCCAGAGCCGCACAACUGCUACUGGAGAAAUUGAAAUCCAACCAAGAGUGGUUCCUAAUGCAUCAUUUUUCAAUUUCUUUAGCCCUCCUGAGAUUCCUAAGAUUGGGAAGCUGGAACCAAGAGAAGAUGCCAUCCUUGAUGAGGACUUUGAAAUUGGUCAAAUUUUACACGAUAACGUCAUCCUGAAAUCAAUCUACUACUAUACAGGAGAAGUCCAUGGUCCUUAUGAUUAUUAUGGAAACAGGAAAAAUCGAAAAUAAAAAAGAGGCUUCUUGAAAGAAUUUUCUAGGAUCUCAGAAUUCAAGCAGAAGUGAAGCAGGUUUAUAUAGUCAUGGAAAUAACCUGUCCUAUAACUCUGCCACUAAUACUGCUUACUGUAUUGUGUUUUUGUAAUUUCUUGGUAGUCUAUGAAACUGUCCUAAAAGGUGUAUAAGUAUCAGUUUAUCAAUGUAGCCUGUUGUGGUGUAAUAGUCUAACAUAUAUGUAAACUGCUAUUCAGUUAUCUUAGCAUGUUAGUUUGAUGAUAUAGUGUUGAUUUUUGUGAAGUCCUUUUGUCAUGUUCCUAUUAGAAUUUAGCUGUGAAAACUGUUAGAAUUGUUAGCUGUGACAAAUAUUUGCUUGAAAAAAGACAAGUUCUUGAAGUACCAACACAAGUGUUUUUUUUUUCUUCUUUUUCCAACCCAGAAGACUAGGAUUUAUAUCUGCUUGUACUAGCUGUGCCUUCAUUACUUUGCUAUAGAAAUACAGCACUUAUAUUAACUAGCACAGUAUAUUGUGAAAUUUGGCUGCUUGAAAAAAGAUUAGUAUACAUCUAAGAAUGUUCAUCAAAACUAUACAGGAUAUGACUGUGAGCUUGUUUAUGUGACAUAAUAGUGUAUAAAUUUAAUCAUAAUGAAGUUAUUAUUUACCACUGAGGUGUUAAUAUGACAUGGUGUUUUAUAAAAAAAAAAAAAGUUUCCUUAUCUUCUACUGUGUAAUUAUAAGCUAAAAUUACUAAUCACAUUUUCUUCAUAAUAUGUUCUACUUUGCUGUCACUAAAA